AUAUAUCAAUGAAUAAAUAAACAAAUAAAUAAAUAAAAAAUACAAAAUAAUAAUAAAAGACAACAAAAAAAACAACAACAACAGACACAUACUCAAUAUCUCAAAGUCCAGUCAAAGGGAGGGAGAGACGGAAGGACAAGAAAAACACAAAAGUCAGAAAAGACCAGUCUUGAAGAAGAAGAAAAAAAUUAGAUGACUAACAGUUUAUUUAUGCAACCGGCCCCAGUAGAUAAUACUAUAAUAGGCAUCCUUAAUUUAAUACUAGAGAAAUUGAAUAAUAUUGCCCGCUUGUCACUACUGAGUUCAUAAUUAAGAAAGUAAUUAAAAAUAGCUAUUAGUAUAUGUUCUAAGCUAGUAAGGGUGCCAAAGGGCGUCUAGAUGAAUCUGCGCUCUUCCACAGAAACGCUCCGUUGUUUUUAAACGCAAUUCUUGCAUUUUGAUAUUAUUUGAACGAAUCAGUCGUUUAUUGUUAUUUUACAAGAACCGUACCUGAUGCAGAGGUGUUUCUGUGGGUUUGACUGAAACGAAGGCAGGCGGAGCUCUCGUGACGACAGCGGGCUUCUGUUAAAAACAUUUUGCGCGAAACGGAGUUUGUUUUGGUGACAGACUCCUUCAAUUCAUCUGCAGUUGUCCGUGAAUAUGGCGCUUGUUUGGAGGAAUAUACUCAUACUUGUGUUCGCGCACUUUGUCGUGUCUCAAAGACAUAUGCCUAGUCUCACUCGAUGUGGCGAACCAACAAAAUAUCCCGACAAGCAGCUGUCCAAAAUAUUAAAUAAUGGAGAUGCGAGGUAUACAUGUGCCCUGGGUUACACACCAUCAGCAGGAAGUCGAACAUCAAAGUGUGUGCGAGGACAAUGGACAACCUUGACCUUGAAAUGCGAAAAGAUGAAGUGCAAUGCGCUGGGUGACAUCGAGGACGGGCAAUACUAUCAAGAAGGGCGAUCAUUUGGCGAUAAGGCCAUUGCUGUGUGUAAUGAAGGAUAUGUUUUGAGAGGAGAAGGAGUCCGUAUAUGUAUGGAAAAGGGUUGGAAUGGGAUGGACCCCAUCUGUGAGGUGUCAAAGAUCACCUGUUCAGCACCUGCUGUGGCAAACAGACAGAUAAAACCUGGAGAAAGGACACAGUACGGACCCCAAGACACUGUAAACAUCGUCUGCAGUGAGGGAUUUGAUCUGAUCGGCUCGCCACAGGUCACAUGUGGACCAGACGGCCAAUGGCAAGGCUUGCCUGUGUGCUCGAAAGUGAUCACCUGUUCAGCACCUGCUGUGGCAAACGGGAGGAUAAGACCUGGAUCUAGGGUGUACAAACCCAAAGACACUGUAGACGUCGCCUGUAACGAGGGCUUUGAUCUGAUUGGCCCAGAACAGGUCACGUGUGGACCAGACUGCCAAUGGCAGGCCUUGCCUGAGUGUCGGCUGAAAAAGAUUACAGGUAAAUGUGGUCCAGCUCCAUCAUACCCUCACGCUUUUCCCAGAGACGGGUCCUCCACACUGAGAGAGUAUCCGUCCGGUGCUCGCAUUCUCUACAAAUGCAGUAUAGGAUACAGGCGGGUCAGAGGAAUUACCAGUAUACGCUGCCAGAACGGCCAGUGGACAAACCUGCAGCUCCGAUGUGAAAGUACGCCAGAGGACUCUUCAAGUCUCACUCGAUGUGGCGAACCAACAAAAUAUCCCGACAAGCAGCUGUCCAAAAUAUUAAAUAAUGGAGAUGCGAGGUAUACAUGUGCCCUGGGUUACACACCAUCAGCAGGAAGUCGAACAUCAAAGUGUGUGCGAGGACAAUGGACAACCUUGACCUUGAAAUGCGAAAAGAUGAAGUGCAAUGCGCUGGGUGACAUUGAGGACGGGCAAUACUAUCAAGAAGGGCGAUCAUUUGGCGAUAAGGCCAUUGCUGUGUGUAAUGAAGGAUAUGUUUUGAGAGGAGAAGGAGUCCGUAUAUGUAUGGAAAAGGGUUGGAAUGGGAUGGACCCCAUCUGUGAGGUGUCAAAGAUCACCUGUUCAGCACCUGCUGUGGCAAACAGACAGAUAAAACCUGGAGAAAGGACACAGUACGGACCCCAAGACACUGUAAACAUCGUCUGCAGUGAGGGAUUUGAUCUGAUCGGCUCGCCACAGGUCACAUGUGGACCAGACGGCCAAUGGCAAGGCUUGCCUGUGUGCUCGAAAGUGAUCACCUGUUCAGCACCUGCUGUGGCAAACGGGAGGAUAAGACCUGGAUCUAGGGUGUACAAACCCAAAGACACUGUAGACGUCGCCUGUAACGAGGGCUUUGAUCUGAUUGGCCCAGAACAGGUCACGUGUGGACCAGACUGCCAAUGGCAGGCCUUGCCUGAGUGUCGGCUGAAAAAGAUUACAGGUAAAUGUGGUCCAGCUCCAUCAUACCCUCACGCUUUUCCCAGAGACGGGUCCUCCACACUGAGAGAGUAUCCGUCCGGUGCUCGCAUUCUCUACAAAUGCAGUAUAGGAUACAGGCGGGUCAGAGGAAUUACCAGUAUACGCUGCCAGAACGGCCAGUGGACAAACCUGCAGCUCCGAUGUGAAAGGAAGAAAUGUGGAUCUGCUGGAGAGAUUUCCUACGGCCAGUUCGAGUACACAGGCGUGUCAUUUGGAGAUUCAGCUACAGCCGUCUGUGAAGAAGGGUAUGAGCUGAUCGGCCCAAAAGUGCGGAUCUGCAGGGAUGGAGGCUGGGAUGGAAGGAGCCCCGUGUGUGAACCUGUGCACUGUCCUCCACCUCCAGAGGUCAAGGACGCCGAGAUGUUUGACCCCAUAUAUGACCAUGUUCCCUUCGGUCACGUGUUGUCCUAUCACUGCCGCACUGGAACUCUGAUCGGUGAGAGAGAAAUUUACUGCACCAAGAGCGGCACCUGGAGCGCUCCUCCUCCUAAGUGCACAGACAUUGCCUGUCCUUACCCACAUGUGCAAGGUGGAUCAAGAAUGAGGGGUUUUAGGGCGGUCUAUAAAUACGGGAACACAGUGACAAUCGCCUGUAAUCCUGGUUUAAAGCUUACAGGAGAGAGUUUUGUCACCUGUGGCCAAGAUGGGGAAUGGAUUCCAAAACUUCCUGCAUGUGUGUAGAAAUCUGCACAUGGAGCGAUGAAACAAACAAAUAUUCAACAGAAAGAAGCAAUACAGCUGGCUGGCUCAAACUCAUAAUGAAGCUUAUUUCUUCUUUUCACUGCAUUUCAUUAAAAUGAGCAGAAUGCUAUUUAGUAUUUACUCGGACUAUUUAUUGUUGCAAAAGUAGCAGUCCAUGUUGCCGAUUCUUUUUUUUUUUUUUUUACAAA